CUAUAGAUAACAAUAAUAAAAUUAACUUAGAAGACUUCUUUGAAGAAGUUUGUAAUAGCAAUGUGGAUAUUGAAGCUUUGCAUGAAAAUAUUGAGGUGGUAGUAAUUAAAAAAGAACAAUCAUUUGAUGAUUUUAAACAAACUAAAAGUUACUUCAAAAUUAUACAGAGUUUAAAGACUUUAAGAUAUAAAUAG